AUGGGCAUCAAGAACAUUUGUAAAUUAGCUGGAAAGUCGGGAAAAAUGAUCGAGCAUUAUAGUAAAUUUACUCCGGUUUCUUUGAGUUUGAAAAACCUUUUAUCAUUUGGUGAGACUGCGCCAGCCUCUAAGUCCUUCGAUUUUCUGAAAUAUGAACUCCCAGUCCGACUAGGGAACAUUAUGCAGGAGAUCCAUCUCCUGCCCGAUAUCCUAAAAAAGUCAAGAUCUGUUCAACAGAUAUGUUUAUUGUAUGAGGAGACAUUCAAUAGCCUUAUCAAGUAUGAAGAAUGCUCGACAAAAUCGCCUUCUACUUUAUCCAGAUUUACAGAUGAUAUUGACCUUAUCUUACAGAAGCAUUCAGGCGUAGUUGAAAUAAUGGCAUUGGGUAUCAAAGAAAUCCAAAGUAAUGAAUCGUGGUCUGAGUCACAAGAGUUGCAGCUACAGUAUUUUCUGGAUCGGUUUUACGUGAGUAGAAUCGGUAUCCGAACUUUACUUAAUCAGCAUUUCAAGCUAUAUGGACCCACAUUCUGCAACGUACAAUCUCACGUUGGGGGUAUCGAUCCAGAUUGUAGCCCAGUUCAAAUCGCAGUAAAUGCAUACAAUUAUUCCAGACCACUGUGUAUUCAGGCGUAUGGUCGUGCUCCGGGGUGUGACAUUGAAAUCCACGAUUGUGUAAAUAAAGAGCGUGCAUCUGGUAGUUUCAACAAAAUUGAUUUGUGUGUGGAUGCAGCUGGUCAUGCGUCGACCAAAUCUUAUCUUUUGGACAACCAAAGGAACUGUGCAGAUUUGUCUGUGAAGGGGAAAGACAUAACAUUUUGUUAUAUACCUGGUCAUUUGUUUUAUAUAUUGUAUGAAUUGUUGAAAAAUUCAAUGAGAGCUGUUACUGAGAAUCAUAAUAAUGAUGCUCACUUGCCAAGAAUACACAUUCUUAUAUGCAACGGACCUGAAGAUAUCGUUAUUAAGAUUACAGAUUUUGGUGGAGGAAUGGCUUUAAAUAUGGUCGAAAAAACGUUUCGAUACAAUUAUACAACAGCUGUUCAUUCUGCAAAUCUACAUCCUACUGUACUAAAUUUUGAGAAUAACUAUUCAACAAUUCAAUCAGCCAAUCAGGUUACAGUAAAUGAUCGAAUGACAUGUGAAGUUGAACCAGAACGUAAUGCCUGUUUAUCUAUUGCUGGAAGAGGACAUGGUUUACCAUUAAGUAGACUAUAUGCUAGAUAUUUAGGUGGUAAUUUAAAAUUGCAUUCUAUUGAAGGUGUCGGUACAUCAGUAUUGAUUUACUUAAAAAGACAGUCACAAGAUGCUUAUGAAUUGAUUCCACUGUUCAAUCACACAUCAAAAUCUUUUUAUGAAAAUAGUAUGCAACAACGUGAUUGGGUUUCUAAUUCUCAGAGAACUUUACUUGAACCAUCUACAACACCUUAA